AACCCGAAACUCUUGCUGCAUCCCUCAUUUUAAAAAAAUUCUUACAAUAAAGCCUAAAUUCCUGUAAUAUCUCAAAUGCCACCUCUCUCAUGUGUGUUUCUUCAACCUCUUUCUCUUUUUGUAUUCUCCUCCUCCAUUUUCAAUGGGUUGCGGCAUGUCGAGGUAUGGCCUAGCCGGCGUACCCGACAACGAAGGCGCACGCAGCUCUAACCCCAUUCGGAGGAAAUUUGAUGAAUUGUGUAGAAAUGAUCGUAUUGUUUCGGAUGCUACCCCUUCUUCUAGCAAACAACUUUUAAAAAAAGGUGUUGAGGAGGAUGUUGUUGAUUCCAAUAGUAGCCACAACAGCACAGAUUCUAUGAAGGAUUUAGCAUUACAGCUAAAACAAUGCCCGAAGGCGGUUGACGCUGAUAGCGGGAUAGAGAAGCAAAGUGAGGAGGAGGAAAAAGAAAAAGAAAAAGAAAAAGAGAAAUGUCGAAAAGAGGUCGAAAGCAAAAAUGAGGAGGCCAAGGCCAAGGCCACUAUAGAGACGGGUGAUAACAAAGACAAUGAAGAAAGCGAAGAAGAUGAAGGAAUAAUUUCUAAUACUGAUGGUUCAUUGUGGAUUGGGUCUCCAAGUUUUAGAGAUUAUUGCAUCGACUGCGACUCAGACGAUAAUUUCCAGAAUGAUGAUAAUAGUGCUGGGAAAAUGAAGGAAACCAAGACAAGAGGUGAUGAGUGCCAUGCAUCUCCCAAAUCAAAUGAGGAAAUGGAGAACAAAUCAAUAAGAAAAGAGAGGAAAGGAAGAGGAUUCGGAAGAAAAGUAUUUCCAAAGAGCAGGCAAUCUGCUAUGAGAAGUUUGUUGCACGUCCCAGGUUGCUACAACCCCAGUGUUUCUGCUUCUCAUGAUAGGACUUCCAAGCCUAUUGACAAAACCUUCUGAUGAUCCCCUCUCUCUCUGUACACACACACAAGAAAAAGAAAAAAAAGCCCAAGCCAAUUCUUUUCCAUUUUUAAUUUGUAUUGUUCCUCUUAAUUCUCCACAUUCUUCUUCCUGUAAUUAAAUUGUUCUUUGCACUUUUGAAAUAGGUAGCAUCAUAUUCGCAUCGUGA